GUGCGCGUCGGCGGCGCCGCGCUCGGUCCGCGCCGGGACGCGCUCGGGGCGGCCGCGGUUGGUGUGAAGUCCCCUCUGCUGCUGCCCGAGUGUGUUCCUCUGCAGCGUCACCAGCGUGUGGAGCCCGCCCCACACACCCCUCCCCUGCCAAACCACGGCCUUUACCUGCGUGUUCCGGUGUUUCCCGUGCGACCCGUCCUGCGGGAGCGCCUCCUGGGCCACCCCAGAGUUCACCCAGCGCUCCGUGGCUCCAAUGGUGAAGAUGACGAGGUCCAAGACUUUCCAGGCGUAUCUGCCUUCGUGCCACAGGACCUACAGCUGCAUCCACUGCAGGGCCCACCUGGCCAACCACGAUGAGCUCAUCUCCAAGUCCUUCCAAGGAAGCCAAGGACGUGCUUAUCUCUUCAAUUCCGUAGUUAACGUGGGCUGUGGCCCUGCAGAGGAGCGGGUGUUAUUAACGGGAUUACAUGCGGUGGCAGAUAUUUACUGUGAAAACUGCAAAACCACGCUGGGGUGGAAAUAUGAACACGCUUUUGAAAGCAGCCAGAAGUAUAAAGAAGGCAAAUACAUCAUUGAACUAGCUCACAUGAUCAAGGAUAAUGGCUGGGAUUGAGUGGGGGAGCCCAGCCCUAGCAGCGUGUACGAGAAUGCCAUCCAACCGAACAUUGUACCCGAGAGUGAGAGAGUGACUGAACGCUUGGUUCCAUGCAUUUAGAGGCUCUGCGACCCGGGAGCAUCUUCACACCCUUCUCCAUCUUUAUUGGUGACUGGCCUCUAAAUUCCUGUCUCUCUGUC